GGAACCCUCGUCCAUUUUGCUUACAAGCUACGCCUGCGCAGUCCUGCGUGUCUGACCUUCAUAGGACUAACCAUGUUCGCCAGGACCAGCGCGUUGGCUUUCGCCCCACAAUGCGGGCAGGUCAGGAACAUGGCUACCUUGAAGGACAUCACCAUUCGUCUGAAGUCCAUCAAGAACAUCCAAAAAAUCACCAAGUCCAUGAAGAUGGUGGCCGCUGCGAAGUACGCUCGUGCUGAGAGACAGCUGAAGCCGGCCCGUGUCUACGGCAGCGGUGCUCUGUCUUUGUACGAAAAAGCAGACAUCAAGGCACCAGAGGACAAGGCAGCCAAGCACCUGAUCAUUGGUGUCACCUCUGAUCGUGGGCUGUGUGGUGCCAUCCAUUCCGGUGUGGCAAAGACCAUCAAGAGCGAGAUCGCCAGCCUGACCAGCGAAGGCAAGGAAGUGAUGGUCAUCAAUGUGGGAGACAAGCUGAGGGGUCUGCUGCACAGAACCCAUGGAAAGCACAUCAUGCUCAACUGUAAGGAGGUUGGUCGUAAGCCCCCCAACUUUGGAGAUGCCUCUAUCAUCGCUACGGAGCUGCUGAACUCUGGCUAUGAGUUUGACCAGGGAUCCGUCAUCUACAACAGAUUCAGAUCUGUGAUCUCAUACAAGACUGACAAGAAGCCGGUGUUUUCCAAUGACAUUGUUGCCAACGCAGAGAACAUAGGCAUUUAUGAUGACAUCGAUGCUGAUGUGCUGAGGAACUACCAGGAGUUUGCUCUGGUCAACGUCAUCUACCUGGCCCUGAAGGAGUCGUCCACCAGCGAGCAGAGUGCCAGGAUGACUGCCAUGGACAGCGCCAGCAAGAACGCUUCUGAGAUGAUUGACAAGCUGACCCUGACCUUUAACCGAACCAGACAGGCUGUCAUCACCAAGGAGCUUAUUGAGAUCAUCUCUGGAGCUGCUGCUCUAUAAGCGAGCGAGGUCAUCUGCUUUCCCUGUUGCAAGUACUUCAGACGGCUGUGGUCCAGAGUCUAUGAACAUUUGUGCUUCUAUUUGUAAAAUAUAUGAAGAGAAUAAAGCUCUUACCUGCUCACCCUCAUCUGUCAUCUUAAUUUCCACUCAAUAAAAGAUG